AAUGGACCAGGAUACUAUGUCGAAAUUACCGGAAAUACUCCGAUAAUUACUUCUUCACAGGGGUACACCCUUGAAUUCAGACAAGCUUCAGAAGAAGAAACCAGUAUAACAAUAAUUAAACACCCCCAAUCCCGAGGUGGGUUUUUCGAAUUCCGUGUGCCUAAAGACAAGUACAUUAAUCCUGAUGGAAUAAUAGAGACGAAUGAAGAUAUGCGUUUAUUCAAGGGUUAUUCAUACGCCAGUUCUAUCAAGCAGGAAUACUUUCCUUUUAUUAAUUUACGAACAAAAUAUGCGAGAUUUUUCACAAAUUUUGAAGUUGACGAUAUGAACCAUAAUAAAUGGAGUAUUGGAUCAAUUCCUCGAGUUAGAAUAAGUAAAAUGAACAAAUUUAAAUCUAAAGUCAAGCACAGCAUAAAUGAGGAGGUCGAACAGGAUGAAGUUGACGAGUAUAAAUUGAUUGGCAAAAGAAAUAUCUAUUUCCAUCGUAAUUACUUUACUCAUAAUCCAUUCAUUUACUCGCACGAAACAAAAUUCCCUCCUGUGUUAAGUAUGUUUAGACAAUAUGAAACCAAAUCAGUAAAACGAAUUAAGCAAUCGGUCAAGAAGAAAAGACAAUCUUUGAUUAAUCAUGAUAAGUAUAUUGCCCAGGAGGAGGAUUUAGGUACAAAGUAUUACAAUGGUAGUGAUGGAUUAUAUUUUUCGGGUUCAAAUCAAGAUGAUAACCCCGAUGACAAUAAAUUAGGGUGGAUUACAAUAUACGAUGAUGAAACUUUACUGAAUAAGGGAAUGUUUGAAUUUGUGCUUGGUAUGACUUUAGCGGUUGGGUUCGACAGUUGUUUGUCGGACUAAAAAAAUUGUCGCAAAUUCUCACUUGUGUAACUUUUAUAGAUAUUAAUAGACAAUGAUAAUGCUAAUACUACUUGUAUGGUUGGUAAGACUUAUUGUUGCACUUCCAGACCUGAGUCAGUCAUGU